UGCCCCCUGGCGGCCGCCGGUGGGAAGCCGGCCGGUCGGUCGGCGCUAAGGCCCGGCGGCGUUGUCGUGGCGCUGCCGUGUUGACAGCGGCGGCCGCGCCGGGAGCUGCCCCGGGAAGCAGGUUGGCGGCGCCGGGCUCCCGUUCCUUUCUCCCCGCUAUGGCCUUCAUGGAGAAGCCGCCGGCCGGUAAGGUGCUGCUGGAUGACACGGUGCCGCUGACAGCGCAGAUCGAGGCGAGCCAGAGCCUGCACUCCCACACGGAAUACAUCAUCCGUGUCCAGAGAGGAAUUUCAACAGAAAACAGCUGGCAGAUCGUGAGGCGAUACAGUGACUUUGACUUGCUUAAUAACAGCUUGCAGAUCUCAACUCUAAGUCUACCUCUUCCUCCAAAAAAAUUGAUUGGAAAUAUGGAGCGCGAAUUCAUAGCUGAAAGACAGAAGGGACUCCAGGCCUAUCUCGAUAUAAUUACUACCCAUCACAUACUGUCCAACUGUGAAGUGGUAAAAAAGUUCUUGGACCCAAACAGCUAUUCUGUAAACUACACUGAAAUUGCCUUACAGCAUGUCUCAAUGUUCUUCCGAUCAGAACCAAAGUGGGAAGUGGUAGAACCAUUAAAAGACAUAGGUUGGCGAAUACGUAAGAAGUAUUUCUUAAUGAAGAUUAAGAAUCAACCAAAGGAACGGCUAGUGUUAAGCUGGGCUGAUCUUGGCCCUGAUAAAUACUUGUCUGACAAAGACUUACAGUAUGCUGUGAAACUACUUUCUUCCUGUUCUCAUCCCUAUAUUUACAAAAUUACUUUUGCCAUUGCCAAUGAAUCUUCAGCGCUGGUUAUUAGACCAUUCAGUGAAAAAGGGACACUAAAGGACCUUAUUUAUAAGGCAAAGCCAAAAGACCCAUUCCUGAAGAAGUAUUGCAAUCCUAAAAAAAUUCAAGGUCUUGAACUUCAGCAAAUAAAAACAUAUGGAAGGCAAAUCCUAGAGGUAUUAAAAUUCUUGCAUGAGAAAGGAUUUCCUUACGGCCAUCUUCACUCUGCCAAUGUGAUGUUGGAUGGGGAUACCUGCAAAUUACUGGAUCUAGAAAAUUCCUUGUUGGGACUUCCAUCAUUUUAUCGAUCAUACUUUUCACAGUUUCGGAAAAUUAAUACUUUAGAAGGUGUUGAUGUACAUUGCUUUGGACACUUACUGUAUGAAAUGACAUAUGGAAGACCCCCAGAUACAAUUCCAGUAGAGAGCUUCCCUCCUGCACCAUCAGUGUUUGUUGUGUCUGUGUUGGAAUCCAUUCUGACCUGUGAAGCUAUGAAGAAUGGCAUGCCAACUGUCUCACGGCUCUUACAGAUGCCAUUAUUCAGUGAUGUCCUGCUAACAAACUCUGAGAAACCACAGUUUAAGAUCCCUACUAAGCUAAAAGAAGCAUUGAAAACCUCCAAGGAAUGCAUAGAAAAGCGUCUAACAGAAGAACAGAAAUUGAUUCACCAGCACAGAAGGCUGACAAGAGCUCAAUCUCAUCAUGGCUCUGAAGAAGAAAAGAAGAAAAGGAAGAUCUUAGCACGGAAAAAGUCAAAACGCUCUGCCUAUGAAAGUGGGGAAGAACACUCAGCAAAAUACAGCAACUCAAAUAACUCAGCAGGCUCUGGGGCGAGUUCCCCAUUAACAUCUCCAUCAUCCCCCACUCCGCCCUCUACAGCAGGCAUCAAGUUUACAGCAUCUGAUUUACUUCCUAUUCCUUUUAACACACUCUUUUAACAAAAAUGUCCCUGUAAAAAACCCUUGGAGCAUCAUCGAUACCCCCAGCACCGCCACCGCCACCCCUGCCACCAGCAGCUCCUCCUCCUCCGAGUACAGAGGUGCCAACGCAGCCAAGCCCACAGCCUGAUGUCAGCACAAGCCGAGGAGCCUUACUCAGCUCCAUUCAGAACUUUCAGAAAGGAACUCUGAAGAAAACACAGACCUGUGACUACAGCGCUCCCAGGAUCAGCUGAGGCCGCUGGGCACACCAGGAUUGAAUUCCCUCUCCCCCUCCUGUGCUGUCUUGGAACAAGACCCUCCUGACCAGUGACUGAUCCACCAGCACAUUGUCACGCUGUAGCUCCGUUUACUCUGUUUCAGCUUUCCUUGAGUAGCAGCCCUGCCCUGGCUGAAUUGCGUUGCCACGCUGCGAUAAGUACUCUCCAUUCUUCACUUGGUUUCAAGAACAUUACUCUCUAGCUACAGUUUCAGGGGUACAGCAACUUCUAUACAGCUGAACAAAAAUCUGAAAAUAGGAAUUGCCAUGAUCAUGGUGAAUUAAUGCUUUUUUUUCCUAGCUCUGUUCCACUCCUUUUUCCAAAUUACAGGUCUGUAGUUUUAGCCUGCUCAGUUUUUCAGCUCUUUUCAUGCAUUUGUAACUCAUCUUAAUUCUUGCUGCCUUGAAUCAGCAAGUUUUGUUUUUAGAUAAUCCAACCCCCCCCAAUCCUUAAAUCGUACUGCACAGGUGAGGGAACUGGAGAAUUAAAUCUUAUUCCCACCCUAGUUGCUGGUGGAGUAAAAACGCUGUCUCAUUAAACUUGUUUAAAUGGCCAUCCUACCUGUAACUCUAAGGAGAAG